GGACUUUUAUUCGAUGUAAUUAUGGAUUGAAUUAAAUUUUAAAACAUAGAUUAAAUAGUUUGAUUAAGUGUUUAGUUUGUUUGAUACAUGAUGGCCUGUAGGAUUCCUGAAGGAUCAUCGUCUCAGUUGGGUUUCGGAGCACCCAGAGCAGGUCACCCUCCUACCAGACGGACUACAGCACAAACCACAGGAGAAGCCUCACCGGGAUGAUCAUUUCGGACUUUGCCGCGCUGCUCGCCGUGCUGCUGCCGGCUUUGUGCCGAUCCUCCGUGGAAGCAGUUGCGAGCGCUUCUCCGCCGGAUCCGUGCUACGAUGAAAACGGCCAGGCGCGACGCUGCAUCCCGGACUUUGUGAACGCUGCAUUUGGGAGGGAAGUUCGAGCCUCCAGCACGUGCGGCCAAAAGUCUCCGAGUCGCUACUGCGUGGGAACGGAGCAGAGAAGCGGCGGAGAACGGAGCCGCGAGUGCCGCGUGUGCGACGCGUCCGACCCAAAACGGCGCCACCCGGCUUCCUACCUGACCGACCUGCACAACCCGCACAACCUGACGUGCUGGCAGUCCGAGAACGGUGUGCGACAUCCGCAGAACGUCUCGCUGACCCUGUCGCUGGGUAAGAAGUUUGAAGUUACCUAUGUGAGCGUGCAAUUCUGCUCUGUGCGCCCAGACUCAAUGGGCAUCUUCAAGUCGAUGGACUACGGUAAAACCUGGGUGCCCUUCCAGUAUUACUCCAGCCAGUGCCGCAAGGUCUACAACAGACCGAACCGGGUCGCCAUCACCAAGCAAAACGAGCAGGAAGCGGUGUGCACGGACGCGCACUCGGGCACGCAGGCGCACCAGCAGCAGCCGGUUUCGGGCGGACUGGUAGCAUUCAGCACCCUGGACGGACGGCCCUCUGGGCACGACUUCGAUAACUCGCCGGUGCUGCAGGACUGGGUCACGGCUACAGACAUCCGCAUCACGUUCAGCCGCCUGCAUCCGCAUGAGAUUGGGGAUGUAGGAGAGGAGGAGAACGAUUCGCACUUUUACGCCGUUUCGGACCUGCAGGUCGGUGGAAGGUGCAAAUGCAAUGGUCAUGCAUCACGCUGUUUGCGCGACCGCGCGGGAGAGCUGGUGUGCGAGUGCAAACAUAAUACUGCGGGUCCGGAGUGCGACAGGUGCAAACCCUUCCAUUAUGACCGACCAUGGCAGCGCGCCACCGCCAGAGAGGCCAACGAGUGUGUCGUCAUGUCUGGCUGCAUUCUAAGAAACAGUCAGCACAAAUAUUUAAGACUUGGACAAAGACAAAAUGUCUGGAACUGUUGGAUGAGCAGUGAAGGGAAUGUUGGAUCAGAGCAGCAGGUUGUCAAUACUGAUUCAGGUUCAUGUAACUGUAACCUUCACGCCCGGCGCUGCAGGUUCAAUAUGGAGCUCUAUAAACUUUCGGGGAGGAAAAGCGGAGGAGUCUGUCUGAACUGUCGCCACAACACGGCCGGACGUCACUGUCAUUACUGCAAAGAGGGCUAUUAUAGAGACAUGAGCAAACCCAUCACACACAGGAAAGCCUGCAAAGCCUGUGAUUGCCAUCCCGUGGGUGCUGCAGGCAAAACAUGUAACCAGACCACAGGUCAGUGCCCGUGUAAAGACGGUGUGACUGGCAUCACAUGCAACCGCUGUGCUAAAGGCUACCAGCAGAGCCGCUCUCCCAUCGCACCAUGCAUAAAAAUUCCAGUUGCAACCCCGACCACCACAGCAAGCAUCACAGAGCAACCAGCAGACUGUGACUCCUACUGCAAAGCAUCCAAAGGAAAACUGAAGAUCAACAUGAAGAAAUACUGCAAGAAAGAUUACGCGGUUCAGGUUCACAUCCUAAAAUCAGAUAAGGCGGGCGAGUGGUGGAAGUUCACGGUGAACAUCGUGUCGGUGUACAAGCAGACCGAGAACCGAAUCCGCCGUGGAGACCAGCUGCUGUGGAUCAGGGCCAAAGACAUCGCCUGCAAGUGUCCCAAAAUCAAAACAGGGAAGAAGUACCUGCUGCUGGGAAGCAACGAGGACGCGCCCGGUCAGAGCGGCGUGGUGGCCGAUAAAAGCAGCCUGGUCAUUCAGUGGAGGGACACGUGGGCUCGGAGACUGCGCAAAUUCCAACAGCGCGAGAAAAAAGGGAAAUGCAAGAAACCUUGAAAGCAGAUCAGCAGCUGCGAACAGACUGAGAGACACACGCUGGAUCUGGACUGAAGUUGUGUGGACAGAUCUGACUGAGCACUGCUGCUCUGAACUCUGAACGGUGUCCUCACAUGGCAAGUGUUUGUCUUUAAGGAGCUCCCACCUCACCGCACCGUUUCAUCUGAUUUCUUUUUCAUGACCUGCAGCGUUUGGUUCCUGGGGACUUCGCUGCGUUUCUGUUCAUCAUCACAUUCCAAAAUUUCAUCUUCAGACUCACGAACACGAACUCUCCCUGAGAAGCAGGAAAUAGCAGGAACCUGCAGUAGUGAUGCUGAUGCUCUCAAAAACAUGAUCAUGAAAAUCCACUUAGAAAAUCUUAACAAUAAAGACACAAAGUUCAACAAUGAAAAA